AUGGCAUAUCGAUCUAAAAAACAAGCGUCGAGGUCAAGUAUAGUAAUAUCACCGGCCAUGAGCCGUGAUAAUUCUCGAGAGGGUAUUCCUUAUACUUCUCAUAAAGAUAUAGAUCAUGGAUCUUCUAGAAAAGCCCGACAUAGUCGAAAAUCAGAGAGUCUACCAAAAAGUGAUGGAACGGUUGCAUCUUUACGACCAACCCAAGCCCUGACUGUCAGAGAGAAUUUUGUUGUUGAAGAAGUUGCACGAUUGAUGGCUGCUAAGCGGGCAGACUGUGUUCUUGUAAUAGAUAGCGAAGAGCAUUUAUCCGGAAUAUUUACUGCCAAGGAUCUGGCAUUUAAAGUGGUCGGAGAUGGCAUGGAUGCUAAAACUACGACAGUGGCGCAGAUAAUGACCAGAGAGCCGAAAUGUGUGAAAAGUGACACUUUGGCCACUGAUGCACUUGAUACCAUGGUUGGCCGUGGAUUUAGACAUCUUCCUAUAUGCAAUGAAGAAGGUGACGUAGUCGGUCUAUUGGAUAUAACAAAAUGCCUCCACGAAGCACUUGAAAAAAUGGAACGUGCUUACGGUUCUUCCCAAAAACUAUAUGCUGCUCUUGAAGGCGUUGAAAAAGAGUGGUCGAACCAGCCACCACAAAUAUUGCGAUAUAUGGGAAUUCUACGAGAGAAAAUGGCAUGUCCCGAUUUGACCACCGUUCUUGACGGCAGACCCCCUGUCGAAGUCGGUCCCCGUACAUCCGUUAAGGAAAUAGCUCGACUGAUGAGAGAAAAUCAUACGACGGCAGUUUUGGUGAUGGAACGUGGAACAAUAUCCGGUAUCUUUACCAGUAAAGAUGUCGUCCUUCGUGUCAUUGCGGCAGGAUUGGAUCCCUCGAAAUGUCCUGUAGUUAGAGUUAUGACACCACAUCCAGAUACUGCUCCUUCGAGUACGAGUAUUCUCGACGCUUUAAAAAAAAUGUAUGACGGCCACUACCUCAACCUCCCAGUAGUAGACGAAGGGAAUAUCCUGGGCAUGGUUAACGUCCUUAGACUGACUUAUGAAGUAAUGGGGCAGAUUUAUUCGAUUGAAGGUCAAGAUAAUAACAGCAGACAGACAUCAGGUCCAAUGUGGAACCACUUUUGGGAGGCCUUAACCAAUGAUGGUGAUGAUGCGUCUGCAUUAUCUGAUUCUAUUUCACCUUCUCAAAGUGCAUCCAACAUCCCUCCUCCAUCGCCUAAUUCAAGAGUGUAUGGGUCUGGCAGAGUUUCACCUGUUCCGGAAAUACAUCCCAGCGAAUCUGCGUCUGCUAUUGAUGAUGGAUCAUAUGCUUCAUAUCCUAGAAUUCACGAUCAUGCCUACACAUUUAAAUUCACCUCACCUGAUGGAAAGAACCAUCGUUUCACUGUCGAUUUUACCAGGUUUGAUAACAUUAGGGAAGCCGUUGCAGCCAAACUACCGAAAACCAUGAAGCAUUUUUCAUUAUCAUACAUCGAUGAUGACAACGAUCAAGUAUUAAUGGCGACGGAUGAAAAUGUGAUUGAUGCCGUGCAGAUUGCUCAACGACAGGGCGCUUCUAGAGUUUUGCUGUUGGUACAAGAAGUAGACAAGUCACGGGCAAGAGAUUUUAGUAGUGACGAGUCGGAAGAAGAAGAGAUUAAAAGGCGUAGGAGAAAGAGAAGAUCGAAAUAUGAUGACGAUGAUCUUCCGAUUUCUCGAGAAUUGCUGAUGCCUGCUGCUAUAGUUACGCUCUCUGUGGCUAUAAUCGCCGCGUUUGCCAUCUCAAAACUAUCGAGAUGA